AUGGACUGCAAGCUAAAAGAGAAAGCGGCAAAGUCUUGCUUUAUUGAAACAGACCCUUCGAAAGUACAUCAAGUCAAUAAAAAUGACAUGGACUGUACCGAAUCACAUGCCGAACGGGACCUUAAUUCAGAGAACGCGCCCGGACAGUUGGAGACACAAGGCACGGACAAUGACAAUGAUCAGUACACAGAACUUUAUAUGAGCAGCAGCAAAAGUGAAUCGGACGACGAUGUUACCGUGGUGCUUUCAGAUGAUGGCACGUCAGAAGUUCAUGAAGAUGAGUCUCAUUAUAUUACAACCCAUGAAAUCCAGCUUUUGGAGUUAGACCAUGAUGUGGAUUAUGACUAUGAAACGGGAUCGAGCUGGGACAUCGAAGGCGAUCACCAGGUCUACUCGUUUGUGGAUUAUGCUUUUUUAGACAGCGAUGAAACGAUAGUAACCAAAGAAGCAAGUAUGAAAAGGCAUCACGCGCAGGCCACGACAAGCGCUGCAGUUGUCAGUAAUAAACCGGACUACAAUCUCUGUGAUUCCGACAAAUGUCCCAGCUCAAGCGAGAGCCUGUCAAAAAAACAGAACACCGCCGGGCCGAUUCACUUAUCCAUUAAAGCCACUUCACGCGCUAUAAAUGAGCCAAGUAACAUUCAUGACAAACAACGUGGAGAUAUAAGUCGUUAUGUUUUGAAAGAGGUGGAUGCAAAAGACGACAAAGCGCGUGACAACGCAAAGUGUUUUAUCGCUGUGCCGGGGCGCUUGCACUUUGGCAGCAGACUGAAAAGCAAAGAUGUGAACGAGUACUCAAGCGGUGAGUCCAGCGCAGUGAGCGAGCUGGAUGACGCAGAUAAGGAGGUGCGCAACCUCACUGCCAGAUCAUUUAAAAGUUUGGCAUACCCAUAUUUCGAUGCCAUUAACUUUAGUACUUCCAGUGAGUCUUCGGCAUCAGAGCAUGGACUGGGAAUCAACAGGUGGUCGACGUUUGUUGACCUAAAGUAUGGCAAUGUAAACAUGUCAAAAUCACGAGAUCAAAGUUUUCUAGCUAGUAAAGGCACCACAUCAAACUUACAGUUCGCCAGAAAGAAGGACGGUAAGGCAAUAACAGGGCUGACAUUAACAAGUAUGCGAGCGCCCCCCGUUGAGAUAUUUGCUAUCAAUGGCAAUUUAGUUGGUCGUAAAAACGCAUCGUCGAAAAAGAUUGAGCUUAUGGGGAAGUUUUCACAAGGUCAAAGUGGGGUCAUAAGGCUAACCGAAACAUUAAAUUUUCGGUGUAAUGUUAAAUCCGGGCAGCCAGAAAAUGAAAGGCACGUGAAAACUGCACAAAACGCUGGAGGAUCACGUUCCACAGAUGAAGUUACAAACACCUUGCCAAGUGCUCAGGAGAGUGAGGCCAGCCAGCAACCCUGCAAUACAUGGGAAACCAUGGAAGACACGCACAAGAAAGCAGUAUUCGCAUCGAGUCUCCUCAAAAAUGUCAUCUCCAAGAAAAUACAGUUUGAGCAGGAGCGCAAAAUGGAGAGGGGCGAGAUUUGCGAAACCCACCACGCGCCUUCUCCGUGUUUUGCGACGCACGAACACGAAGCGCAGAAGGAGAAAGUGAAAAGGAAAAGUUCCAAAGGGCUGCAGAGGCAAAGCUCGAAAUUCUCAGAGGCUGACUCUGACUACACCAUCGUCUCCGUGGAUGAACUUGGGGACUUAGUGGACAGUAGUUCAAGCGAUGCCAAAGACGACGGUCGCAAAGAAGAGGCUUUUACAAGUGCACCAGAAACGAAUUCAGAGUCGGCGAAUGAAGCUGCGAAUGAUACUAAAAAAGGAGCAUUCGAAGCAUCCAAAAGCACUCUGCUUCGAAGCCAAAAUAGCGCGUUCAGAUCGUGGAAGGACGAGGAGCUAGAGUUUCAAAAGGAACAUAAAAACGAUAAAAACCCUGAAGGGAAACUGCAACCGCCGGACGAGUGCCCGAGGGAAAAUAACUUAAACGUCGACUCGGCGACCAGCAAACACACUAAAAUGUCACAUUUGUUCGUGCCAAGUAUCCAGCUUCCGUCCGCGGAGAGGGAAUGCAUCCAAUCGCCGCCGAAUAUAAUUGAUUCCGCGCGCGAUCAAGGAGAGAAAUUGCGCUCAAACACCUUGCAGGUUUCAGACGCAUCACGCGGCGCUGUAAAAUCCAGGUCGCCAGAAAUUAAAAUUAGUUUACGGAGCGUACGAGACAACAAAAACGACACGUUCGAUAUCGCGAAGCUGUUAACUCCCAAUAUAAGCUGUAACGUUGCGGGGCUGUUAAAGACAGCGGAUGACACCAGAUGCCAAGCGCUCCCUGCUGCGUUAAAGGGUGAGUCGUCGGGUGAGAAAAUUCCUCACUUCAUAGUCAGAGACAUCAGAGAUAACAAGGGUAAACUUCAGCCACCUAUACACCAGGUUAGAGACGUGCGUAAAUUAGUUAAGAGCUUGUACCACUUUGUGCCUUUAGACAGUCAAGACAAGUCUACCCAUUUGACUUCAGAAGGGGAGCACAAAACACCAAAGCAGAGCUCAAACCUAAAUUCAGCUUCUCUCUCGCCCAUAGUGAUUAAAUGUCAGUCCGUGAAUACAAAUAACAAUGUCAAGCAAUCUGAAAAUUUUAUAGACUUGUCUAACCGAAGAUUUUCAGAUGAUGUACUUGAGCAGGACGCGUCAUCCCCACAAGUUCCUACAGAGGGCGCCAAAAAUGACAGUACGCAGAUCCAAAAACCAGUUAACACACUGCCCUUAGACAGCCCAAAGCAAGAGGUGAAAGCUGGAUUAAGAAUUGAGGCCAGUACCAAUAAACAAGAUAAAAUGAGCGACAUAAGUGAGAAAAAAACUGAACCCAAGAUUGCCAACCAGGCUGCCUUGGAGAAAUUGCAAGCUGCUGUCAAAACGAUGGAGCAGCUGUAUGUUUUUGACAAGAAAGAAUGGAAGAGAAAAACAGAGCCGCAAAGAAUAACGGAUAGCCACCUGCUCUCACUUAUUGCCAGGGAAGAGCAUGGGGGGACGCUGGAGGAACAAGAAUGCAAUGCUAUUGCUCCCACAAUAAACACAGAUAGGCUUGUGAGACAAGAUUCUAACACAGAUAAAGCCUCAUCUGUUGGACCUCUGUUAACCCAGCCUGAGAUGCCUGCAAAAAAACAAGACAAUGAGACCCCCAACCCAUCAACCGCUCCAAUCACUCACGAACAGAAAACUGACCCUAAAACACUUAUACAGCUAACAGCAACACCCAGUAAGAAAACACCCCUGAGACACAGUCAAAAGCCUUUAGCCACAGCAACAAGUUCAAUAAAAACACAGCAAACAGAUGUGUCAUCACCAGCAUCUCUCACUUCCAAGGGCCUGGCACCAAAGUCUCCAAAACUACCUGUGUGCUUGAAGACAUCUCAACGAAAGCGCAUUAUAGAGGAGAGAGAAAGGCCAAAUGGCAGUGAGACUGAGUUUGCCCCUCUUCAGUUUACUUCCACAGCAGAUUCUGAAAACUACCUAACCAUACCCGUGAAGCCCCACGCCACCUCCGCCUUUAAAAAAACGAACAGAUCUGGACUCGGGAAAACAGCCGUUCCACCCACGGGAGGUAAAACUGCCAGUCCACCAUCUUACCCCAGUCACAGUGAAGUAAGAGGACACAGAGAGAUCCAUCCGUCCCCAAAGCGAUCAUCUAUUGCCAUGGAGACACGGUCCCCAGAUACCCCUACUGCCACUAUUUACCAUACAUCUCUGCCUUUUACGAUGCAAGCUGCUCAGCCUCAGGUGAUAUGUUUCUCCCCUGCAGUUCAACCUUCCCCGGUCCAAACAGAGCACUUUCAGCCCACCCAAAGAAAGAUGCUUUUGGAUCCCACCACUGGAAACUACUACCUGGUGGACACUCCAGUCCAGCCGGUCACCAGGCGUCUUUUUGACCCAGAAACUGGGCAGUAUGUGGACAUCCCUAUGCCUCAGCAGCCUCCAAUGACCCCUGUGCCCUUGCCAAUAUCUCCUCUCGCCCUCAGUCCAGGAGCUUAUGGCCAUACCUACAUGUUUUACCCAGGAUACAUGCCAACCACAAUGAUCCCCACCCAUACUAUUCAGUCCCAUUUGUCAAUGCAGUCAGAGGCAGAUGAAGAAGCUAAAUCCCACAUACAAAUGGGACAGCAGGAGGAUGCGGCUUACAUGGAGAGCUCUUACUAUAUGCCAUCUGGGAAAUCGUCACAAGCAAUGUCCGCAGCCCAACACGUUACCACCGGCAGGUUAUCCAACAGUAAGCAGCCUAUCAUCAGCAUAACCUCGCAGCACGGGCCAAGGAUCAUCGCUCCCCCCUCCUUUGAUGGCACAACCAUGAGCUUUGUGGUGGAGCACCGGUAAAGGCUUACUCAUAUUAAAUGAAAGUGAGCCACACUACAUCACAUUAUUGUGCUGAACCUAUUCACCAUAUUUUGGAAUCAUGAUUACCAUCACAAACAUCAUCAUAAUCAUCCUUAUCAAAAUAACAUUGCCCGGUUAUUAUUGUAGUUCUCCGUUUCAGUAUCGCACUUGUGUUGUAAACUGCUUUGUCUCUCAAAUCUUUAUGAAAGUUGCUGGGAAUUGUAGUUGUGCAUAAUAUACAAUAUAAAUUUAAUUUAUUGUUAAAAAAAAGUUUUCUGUUGGCACAUUAAAAAUAAUAUUAACCAAAGUAUGAAUCAGUCAUAUUAGGUAAAGGGUACCCAUUUAUAAAUUAAAUGACAAUCGCAUGCCCACAUUUUUUUAAAUGCAUAUGUAAAUGACACGGCAUUUAAUGCACAUUAAAUGGUUAGUGUUAUUACAUUAAAUACAUAAA